AUGUCGAGUCCAAGUCUCGAGACGACCAGGGUGGAUACCCAUGAGCACGACUUAGAGAAGAAAGAAGUUGUCAACGAGCCCGAGCGACCGCAUUACGCUGCCUGGCAAUGGGGGCUCACUAUCACGGGCCUCUACCUAGGAUCCCUACUCUAUGGCCUCGACACGACCAUCGCCGCCGAUGUACAAGUCGGCAUCUACGAACGAUUCGGCGACAUCGAAAGCCUGGCAUGGGUUGGCCUGGGCUUCCCAAUGGCCUCAGUCUCCUGCAUCCUCCUCCUCGGCAAGCUUUUUUCGCUCUUCAACACAAAACACCUGCUUAACGCUUCGGUGUUCGUUUUCGAGGUCGGGAGUGCGCUAUGCGGGGCUGCGCCGAGUAUGAACGCGUUGAUAAUUGGACGGGUGAUUGCGGGUAUUGGUGGCAGUGGGAUGUACCUUGGCGCACUCAGCUUCUUCUCCGCUCUCGGCUCGCCCAAGAAGCUUGUCCUGUACAAUGCUUUGAUCGGAGUGUGCUGGGGCACGGGGGCCAUCCUCGGACCGGUCGUUGGAGGAGCGUUCUCCGUCAGCAGCGCGACCUGGAGAUGGGCCUUCUACAUCAACCUCCCGCUCGCCGCACUAUUUGCUCCUGUUUACAUUUUUGUAACACCAUCGUUCGACCCCCGGCCGGACAUGACAUUCCGGCAAAAGCUCAAGACGCUGGACUGGCUGGGAUCCCUGCUCAUCGCUACCAUCCUCGUCGUUCUCAUCACGACUAUUGCAUUCGUUGGUUCGACCUUCGCCUGGGGAUCCGGAACCGCCAUCGCUCUCUGGGUUGUGAGUGGAGUCGCGUUGGUGGCUUUUAGCCUGCAGCAGUACUUUGCUUUCCUCACUACGGAGGACAACCGAGUAUUCCCGAUCCACUUCCUCAAGAGCCGAGAUCAGCUCUUACUAUUCAUCGCCACCGCAGGCUCAGCAACAGCCAACGCAGUCACGAUCUACUAUAUCCCGCUCCUCUUCGUCUUCACUCGCGGAGACGACCCUCUCGAUGCAGCAGUCCGACUCCUACCGUUCAUCGUCGUCUUCAUCUUCUUCGUCAUGCUCGCUGGCGCAACGCUGCCACUGGUCGGCCGCUACUCCCUCUACUACAUCCUCGGCGGCGCUCUCAUCAUCAGCGGCUCGGCGCUCAUGUUCACCGUUCGUGACGACACCAGCAUCGGCAAGGUGUACGGCUAUGAGAUUUUAAUCGCUGCUGGGGCGGGCAUGACGUUCCAGAAUGGAUACGGCGUGGCGUCUGUCAAGGUCAAAGAGGAGGAUAAAUCCAACGCCAUCGGCUUCAUCAACACCGCUCAAAUCGGCACAACUGCGCUUGCGCUGGCGAUAGCCAGUUGUCUGUACCAGAACCUCGGCGUCUCUGCUCUCAAGAGCGCACUCAGCGCGUAUGACCUUCCAACUCCUUUGCUGCAGGCUGCCUUGGGCGGUGCUGGGUCGGACGUGUUGAGCUCGUUGCCUGCUAGAGUGCAGGAGAUUGUCGUCAGCACGGUCGCUCACACCAUCGCGCGGAUCUUUGGGAUGUCGAUUGCUGCGGGAGCGUUGCUUUUCGUUGCGGCGUUGGUAAUGAAGCAUGAGAAGAUCGAUAUGGCUGGUGCUGCUGUUGGUGGAUGA